AUGUUCAAGAGAAUCAGUGGUCCGUCAAAAGAGCUAGUUGCAGCCACAAUCUCCCUCGUCGCUGUCACCUCCGCCGUCAUCUUUGCGUCCCUUUCCACCUUUGCCGUCUUUUCCAUCGCCUUUGCCGUCCUUGCCACGUUGAUCUCCCUUGCCGUUGCAACUGCCAUCGCUGCUGUUGUCAUCGUCAUUGUCACUACUAUUAUCGCAACUGCCAUCAUUCUUGCCUUUACCAUCGUCGCUCUUCUUGUCGCAACCGCAACCAUCGUCAUCGUUAUCGUCGUCAUCGGUACCAUCAGCACCGCCAUCGCCGCCAUUACCAUCGCCAUUGUCGUCAUCGCCAUUGUCGCAACCGCCGUCGUCAUCAGGGUUCUUCUAGCCUCGACGAACGCCAACGUCGUCCCAUGCCUUUCGGACGACCUUGCCUGCUUUGAACUCCUCUUCCGCCACAUCAACGGUAACAUCUGCGAAUUGCAAAAAUGUGCAUCUAGUAGGAAUUUUGCCUGA